AUGACUGCGAUCUUACGUAUUUCUGAUCUUUUUCUUGAUUAUAUAUUUACUUAUACACAGCAGCUAUCAUUUGCUAAUAGCGUUUCAUCUAAUUAUAAUCAAUUGCUUUAUUACAAUAAAAAUAGAGAUCCUGACAAUAAUGAUGGUGAUUCUAGUGGUCGUAAAAGCAAAACAUCAUCAUCAUCAUCAUCAUCAUCAAUUCAAAUGAUGGCAAAUGAAAGAAGACAACGAGUUGCACGCUGA